AUUAACGUGGCACUCGUCAUGGAGGGCACACACACCAUCUUGAUCCUGUAUGCACCCAUCCGUGAGCUCAGCAACAUCAGCCUGUAUUACCCCAAGAGGCGGGCCCCGAGCUUUAAGUACGAGAGCCGUGCCCCUCAUUCAGAAAGUGCUGGUAAUGACCAUGACUGGGGAAAGGAGGGCCUUGUGGUGUCCGAACAAAGAGGCCAGUCUUCAGGCUCCACGCGCGAACUCCUCAACUCCCUGCCGGCAACAAAGGAAGCUGUUGCAGAGCUCUGCUGGUUUGCGGCGGAGCACCAUCAGUUGCUGGCGGAUCUCUUAUCGCUGUGCAGGGAUUGUGCCAACAAGGUCAGGAUGGGCAACCAGGAUGGGAAACUCCAGGAUUACAUGGAGGGUCAGGAAGUUCAUCUCGGAGGUCAGGUUCUCAGCAGCAGCAGCAGCAGCAACUGUCCUCUCACUGUGUCUCCAGAGCACAAGAGAGCUACGUCCAAGAGCAAGAGGCUGAAAAAGUUGGGCAGCAAAACGCUUGACAGUGCUGAGGAUUUCCUAUACAGUAAGAUGAAGAAGAAAGUUACGAGUGGGACUUCAUGUGCAGAAUAUCCUGCUCAGAACAGCGUGGCCGUGUCUGCAGCCUCAGUAGUGGAGCAGACCCCAGGCACUCCGGCCUCUGUCCAUGUCUCUGACAGCCCAGCCACUGGCUCUUACGUCAGUGCAGUCAGUAAUCCAAUCCUUCCAAUGGAGGAACCCUUCCAGAUCGGUCGUGAGGGCUGGGACUUCAUGGAGGACAACCGGGCAUUUGACCCUGACAUGUAUUUUUGUAAUGAUUUCUCAGAGUACGACAGUGAGGGUUAUGAGUCGUCUUUUUGUAGCCUGAUGGAAGGACUGACCCGACGGGAGAGCGGGAGCAACCUUCGACCGAUGAAGAGGUUCGAUUCCCCGGUCGAGACGUUAUCUGAAUCAACGUCAACAGCCAAGUCCGCUCAGCAGCUGUACGGCAACAUCAAUCAGAGGAAUACAGGGUUCAGGGUGGUGGCUAAAGUGCAGGAUGUGGACGGGAAGGUGCAACGCGUCAGCCACACAAGCCCAGAAAGGGAAGGUCCAACCGAGUGGAGAGGGGCAAACAGAGACCGCCUGCUGGGAGUCGGUAGAGAAAAGAUGGGUAACAAGCACUCUGAGGGGCUAUGGUUGCCCCUGUCCAAUACUACCAAUCCAUCAUCCUCAAUUAAAUCCCACAUGAAGAGCCCCUCUUCUUCUUCUUCUUCUCUCGCCGGGGUCUUUAACACAUCCUUCCCGGCCUCAAACAGCCUCCAGAGCAUGUCCCCAGUCCUUUCCCCUCUGCCCUCCAAGCAGGCGAGCCCACAGCUCAACCACCGCAUCGUGCUGCUGUCAGACAAGGACUUGGACCCAGAUCGGGACAACUCCAGCAGCGCCGACGAGCCCAAGAUCUUCACAGAGGUCAUCGACAGGAACGGCAACAAGCGCACCAUCACCCGUCUGGAUCUGAGCCUCAGCAGGCGGCCGAGCGCCAGCAAGUGGAAUUCCUCCAGCAACUCCACAACAACAGAGGACUCCCUCUUGCGUCAGGAUGAUAUUUGGAUGCUGGAUGGCGACGAGCCUCAGGAGCCCCUCUCCCGUGUUCCACGCCCUGAUCACCUCGACUUCCUGCGCAUCACACCACCCGAGGAUGACAUCAUUGGGGACACACCCUAUUAUCCGAAGCUGGAGUGCACGACCGAGGUCACGUCCCCUGCAGACAGUGAGGACCGAACUCCGGGGCGGCUGCAGGCUGUGUGGCCCCCACCCAAAGCUAAAGAUGAGGAGGAGAAGGUGGGGCUCAGGUACACCGAGGCAGAGCACCAGGCUGCCCUCUUGCAGCUGAAGAGAGAGUGCAAGGAAGAGCUGGAGAGGAUGCAUUCCGACCUUGAGCUUCAGAUCUUCCGACUGCGAGGUGAGUAUGCCGGCUCACUAUCGCACCUGGAGGGAGUUGUCGCCCGGAUGCAAAGAGACAAGUCGUACAACACGGGUCAGGAGCGCGGCGAGGUCCGCGACGCCGCUGUGUCCACAGCGGACGACUUGACACCCAAGACCUGCCGCACUGUGGGCAUCCAGACGGACAGGGAGACUUUCAUCAAGAGCCCCGAGGGCGACGGCGGGCUCACUCAAUGCCCCUCCCAGAACGUGCCGAAAAAACUCAGCUUGGACUCUAUUGGUCUGAAUCUCAAAGGUGAAACCGCCACAGGACCUUCUGCCCCACCACCGCCUCCCCCUUUACCAGGCCAAGCGGCAGCACCACCACCUCCUCCUCCACCACCCCUCCCACCAGGUCUUUCAGGACCACCGCCACCUCCUCCCCCUCCUCCUCCUCCCCCUUUGCCAGGCAACAGGGGAGCACCACCACCACCCCCUCCACCACCUCCUCUCCCUGGAGGUGGCCCGCCACCACCCCCUCCUCCUCCUCCUCCCCCUCCUGGCCUACCUGGAGCUGGUCCCCCUCCUCCUCCCCCUCCUCCAGGCGCCGGCCCUCCACCUCCUCCCCCCAUGGGGGGGUUCAGUUUUGGCCAGAAAGCGGAGGCCCCGAGGAAGCCUGCCGUCGAGCCUGCCUGUCCCAUGAAGCCCCUGUACUGGACCAGGAUACAGAUACAGGACAAUAACAACAACACACUGUGGGGCUCCCUGGAGGAACCAAACAUCGUCAACCCAAAUGAGUUUGAGGACUUUUUCUCCAAGGCCACGCUACAGGCGAAGAAGAAACCGCUGUCAGACACCUACGAGAAGAAAACCAAAACCAAGAAGAUUGUCAAGCUGCUGGACGGGAAGCGUUCACAAGCAGUCGGCAUCCUCAUAUCGAGCCUGCAUUUGGAGAUGAAGGACAUUCAGCAAGCUGUUCUGACUGUGGACAACUCUGUGGUGGAUUUGGAGACCAUCGAAGCUUUAUACGAAAAUAGGGCCACCAGCGAUGAGAUGGACAAGAUAAUGAGACAUUACGAGAAAUCAAAGGAAGAUGAAGUCAAACUGUUGGACAAACCUGAACAGUUUCUCUAUGAGCUCUCCCAGAUUCCUGACUUUGCGAGCCGGGCCCACUGCAUCAUCUUCCAGUCAGUGUUCCUCGAUACCAUCUCCUCCAUCCGUCGCAAGGUGGACAUUAUCUCCACUGUCUCCAAAGAGCUGCUAGAGCGUGACAGUGUGCGGGAUGUAAUGGGUCUUGUUCUGGCCUUUGGGAACUAUAUGAACGGAGGGAACAGGACACGGGGUCAGGCUGACGGCUUUGGACUAGAGAUCCUCCCCAAACUAAAGGACGUCAAGAGCAGGGACAAUUGUAUCAAUCUGGUGGAUUAUGUGGUUUUAUAUUACCUACGUAAUUUUGACAAGCAUGCCAGCACAGAAAAGAGUGUGUUCCCUCUGCCGGAGCCUCAGGAUUUCUUCCAGGCCGCUCAGGUUAAGUUUGAAGACAUCACCAAGGACCUCAGGAAGCUGAAGAAAGAUCUAACUGCCUGUGAGAAAGAUGUGCAGAAGGUGUGUACUAACUCGGCAGAGGAACUUCUCCAGCCCUUCCAGGAGAAGAUGGAGGGAUUUAUCUCUGCAGCUCAAAAGGAGCAUUGCGCCGAAGACGACCGGCUUAGUUCUGCACAGAAAAGUUUCCAGGACAUGGUGAGCUACUUUGGUGCCAAGCCGAAAUCCGGGGAGAAAGAAGUGGCACCGGGUUACAUCUUUAUGUUCUGGUACGAGUUUUGCAACGACUUCAAGAGCACCUGGAUACGACAAAGCAAGAUCGUCUCCAAGGAGAGGUUGAAGGAAGCCCAAGAAAACAUCAAGAAGAUCACGGCAGAGAAGCGAGUUGAGACCAAGAAGAUUAACGCCAACAGUCUGAAAGAGAGACUGCGGCAGAAGGAAGCCGGCGUGUCCACCAGCUAAAACUACGAGUGAAGAAGAAGAGAAAAUGAGGCCUCGUUGUGGUAAGAAAUGUUGGACAAGAUCGCGGAUGAGAGAAGCCACCGGCCUCAACCACACUGGACUCCGUACAAAUCACAAUAAAACCUCGCUGGACUCUUACUUCUCCCACUGCCCGUAUCUCUGCGCUACUAACAGCACUGGACAACCCCCCAUCCACCCCCCACCCACAUGUCGAAGCCUUUUGGCUAUUGAAAAAAAGAAAACUCCUGCACCGAGGAUGCAUGGCUGACACAGCCCAAGUGAUGGGAGUCGUAAAGGCUAAAGGUUGACCUCAUUCAUCCAGCGCGGCGUGCCCUCUGAGAGCCCAGCUUGUGAAAGGUCUCAGCGGGUCAGUGGGAUCCACAACAGUGCCAGCUGACGCGAGAUUCCUCCUGGAUCCACAAGAGCUUGAGAAUCCAUUCUUUUUCAGGACUGUGGGCCACAACCAGAGCGACGAUAUGUGUUGAAAGUGUUCCGACAUAUUCGAAGGAAGGAAAAACAAUCCUUGUUGACGAAACAGCUCUCUCUCUCUCUCUCUCUCUCUGUUUCUCUCUCUGUCUCUGUCUCUCUCUCUCUCUCUCUCUCUCUCUCUCUCUCUCUCUCUCUCUCUCUCUCUCUCUCUCAGGGAAGCAGCUCCCGGUGUCUCCUCCGCUGCGUAGCGAAUAGCUGCUCAGUAGCUUUGUGGGGUAUGAUAAAUGAUCUGCGCUGGGCAGAUGAAGACACUGUCGUGUGUGAAACACACACACACACACACACUCACACCUCUCCUGGGAGACAGCCAGAGAAGAGCAGAGUGACCGGGCAACGCGUCUGGCCCCCAGGCCCCAGACCCUUCACACACACACACACACAAACACACACCUACUUAUUCAAAAACACAACGUUUUGGCCGUGCACCCCCUCGCCCCAAGAAUGAAAAUGUACCUAAUGCGAAGUUUUUAAAGCCUCGUUGCGUGCUGUACGUCGCAUCGUGCCCAGCACAGGUUUAAGCACUUUCCCCGCUUGUUGCAGUCGCUGCAUGUCGUAGCUCAGCAUUGGCCAACACACUCCCCAUGUUAUGCUAACUGCGUGCAUUUCUUUCUUUUUUUUCAGAUGACCUGCACUUUUUCUGCGCCUCUUUUUUCCUAUGCAAGAGAAGGGUUUUCCCCCUGCUAAAAGUUUCAGGAAUAACGUUGCUUAAUGUUUAAAAAUCCCGGUCCAUUUCUGAGCUGCAAAGCUCUAAGACUUAAGAUGUAACCACGCUGCUGUGUCAUUCAAGAAAAGUAUAUUUAUGUAAGGAAAGAUUUAUUUUAUGCCAAAAGACAUCAACUUUGUUCCCUUUGAGGCUGUGUAUUUUUUAAAUGAGUUGCGGGUGAGUCGACUUGACGCGUCAGUCGGACUAUCGAUUUAUUUUCAAAUGGAUAUGUACAGUUGUACCCUGAUGAUAUGUGGAAAUGUAGCGAUUUACAUGAUGAAAACCGUUGCCGCCUCUGUUAAGUUUUAGAGAGAUCGGGGUUAUAUUUUGGGUAUUGAGAACAUUUAAGUAUAUCACCUGAAGCCAUGCGAGUCGCUAUACCUCAAGACAAACGUUCUUUUUAUCGAGGUUUCCAUUAAACUGCACCUUGAACUACUUUUUUUUUGUUUUAUCCUCCAGAGUCUUUCACGUGUGCCAUUUAUUUUAUAAUAAAAAUCGAGAUAUUUCAUAACGUUAAACUGCGACGUUUUACUUUAGAGGGUUUGAAGAACAAAAAAACAAAAAAAAAAGCUGAUAUUGACCGAGGAAUUGUUGUAGCCUCUGCUGUAUGUAUGUCAGCUGGUGCGACCUUCAGUAGCUCCGAUGUAGGCUGGACUGUAAUUUUAUGGAAUUGUUUUAAAUUUCAAGAAUAAACUACUGGAUACCGAAACAAA